CACCUUCAAUUCGCAUAUACCCAAUGAUCGAAGCAGGAAGAUGACAUUCACAGAUUCACGUGAAGAGCCAUUAUUGGACAAAUCAUGGCAACGAGUAGUCUCUUUUGAUGAAGCAGGACCAUCUUCCCGCAAGCAAGAUGACGUGAUGGAUUUGGACGGAGAUGACAGUGAAGGGGGAGAUUGGGAAUACGAAGAAGAAGAGGAACUGGUAACCUUAGAUCUAGGACCUGAUUCAAAAAGACUUGUUCAAAUGUCACAACAAUAUUCAAUAGCAGGACUCGAAACUGAGACACCCUACAUGCAAUUGGGUAACCUAAUGUUCAAAGGUACAUGGGAUAAAUUGAUUGGAACUGAAAUCAUACUGAAGGAUGAAGUUGACCUUUCAAGAUCACAAGCAGAACAACACAAACUGUGGCCUCUACCUGCUACGGAAACGGAUAGAAAGAUUGGUCGUGCACCCAGUACAACUCGAAGGAGAAUCUUGUUCAAACAGGCUGUCAAUAUGGCUGCAAGGGAAGCUGCACUCGUUCCACCUGAUGAUCAAGUCUCACAGCCCGCUCUUUGGAGACAAGCACCAACGUUGAAAGAAUCUAAGACUGGAUUGAUAACAGAUAAGGGCUGGGUCUGGGUACGUGGAAGAGGAUGGAUGAGAAAAGAAGAUACUAUUCUACUUCCAUCAAAGGAUUGUGAUGAGAUGAAUGCUCGUCCCGCUCCUUCAAGUCAAGGAAAAGCUGCAGAAAAGGUAGCUGAAGAAGACGAACAAGAAGAAGAAGAGGCAGAAGACAAGAAUGAAGAGGAAGACGAAGAAGGAUCAAAUGAAGAGGAUGAUCAAGCAAACGAAACCACAACGAUCAAACAAGAGGAUGAAACAUUAGCUCCGGGAGAUCAAACAGAAGAGCAAGCCAGUACUUCAAAGAAGAGAGGUCCUUAUAAGUCAAGACAAAAGAUGACACCAGAAGAGAAAGCUCGAUAUGCUUUGUUGAGAAGUUUCAGAGCUGUGAAAAAGAGAAGAGAAGGCCAGGUUGAUGUGGAUGAAGAGGAUGCUGAAAUAGGUGAUGAGACAAAUUUCACUAAUGCAGCUGACGGGGAGGAUGACGAUGAAGAAGAAGAGGAUGAGUAGAUCGAAUGUAUAAUAUUGUUCAUUAUUGUAAUCAUAUCAACUGUAC